AUCCCUCCCUUUCUCUCUCCCUGUCCACAUUCCAUUACACCAUGGCUACAGCCGCCGCCGCCGCCGCCUCCGCCUCCCGAGCGGCGGCGCCGCCGCAGCCUCCGGCGCGCCUCAUCCCUGUCCACAACCCCUUCCUCCUCCGCCUCAAGCCCCUCCUCCCCUUCCGAUCCCCUCCCAAACCCUUCUCCAUCUCCGCCGCGGCGUCGCCCAAUCCCCCCGCCGCCGCCGCCGCCGCCGCCGCCGCAACGACGGUCGCCGACCCCGUGCCCGGGCGCGCACUCCGCAGCUUCGGCCCCUCCGAGCCCCGCAAGGGUGCGGACAUCCUCGUGGAGGCGCUGGAGCGCGCGGGGGUCUCCGACGUGUUCGCGUACCCCGGCGGCGCCUCCAUGGAGAUCCACCAGGCGCUGACCCGGUCCCCCUCGAUCUCCAACCACCUCCUCCGCCACGAGCAGGGCGAGGCCUUCGCGGCCUCCGGCUACGCCCGCUCCACCGGCCGGCCCGGCGUGUGCAUCGCCACCUCCGGCCCCGGCGCCACCAACCUCGUCUCCGCCCUCGCCGACGCCCUCCUCGACUCCGUCCCCCUCGUCGCCAUCACCGGCCAGGUCCCCCGCCGCAUGAUCGGCACCGACGCCUUCCAGGAGACCCCCAUCGUCGAGGUCACCCGCUCCAUCACCAAGCACAACUACCUCGUCCUCGACGUCGACGACAUCCCCCGCGUCAUCAAGGAGGCCUUCUUCCUCGCCUCCUCCGGCCGCCCCGGCCCCGUCCUCGUCGACAUCCCCAAGGACAUCCAGCAGCAGCUCGCCGUCCCCGACUGGGACCCCCCCAUGCGCCUCCCCAAGCCCCCCGCCCGCCACCUGCUCGACCAAAUCCUCCGCCUCGUCUCCGACUCCCGCCGCCCCGUCCUCUACGUCGGCGGCGGCUGCUCCAGCUCCGGCGACGAGCUCCGCCGCUUCGUCUCCCUCACCGGCAUCCCCGUCGCCACCACCCUCAUGGGCCUCGGGAACUACCCCAGCGACGACGCGCUCUCGCUGCGGAUGCUUGGCAUGCACGGGACCGUCUACGCCAACUACGCCGUGGACAAAUCCGACCUCCUGCUCGCCUUCGGCGUGCGCUUCGACGAUCGCGUGACCGGAAAGCUCGAAGCUUUCGCCAGCAGGGCCAAGAUCGUGCACAUCGACAUCGACCCGGCCGAGAUCGGCAAGAACAAGCAGCCCCAUGUGUCCAUCUGCGCCGAUGUGAAGCUCGCAUUGGAAGGGCUGAAUCAGUUGUUAGAGGAGAGUGGGUUGCAUCAGAAGCUCGAUUUUUCCCCUUGGGUAAAAGAACUGGACGAGCAGAAGAAGGCGUUCCCAUUGAGCUACAAAACAUUCGGCGAGGAGAUCCCGCCCCAGUACGCCAUCCAGGUGCUCGACGAAUUGACCAGCAGCGAGGCUAUCAUCUCUACCGGCGUGGGCCAGCACCAGAUGUGGGCCGCACAGUAUUACCGCUACAAGCGGCCGCGGCAGUGGCUUUCGUCCGCCGGCUUGGGUGCAAUGGGCUUCGGGCUUCCCGCAGCAGCCGGAGCGGCUGUGGGAAACCCAGGUGUUACCGUAGUCGACAUUGAUGGGGAUGGGAGCUUCCUUAUGAAUCUUCAAGAGCUUGCCAUGAUUCGCAUCGAGAACCUUCCAGUUAAAACCAUGGUUUUGAACAACCAGCAUUUGGGUAUGGUGGUGCAGUGGGAGGAUAGGUUCUACAAGGCAAACCGGGCGCAUACGUACUUGGGCAACCCAUCAAAUGAGGAGGAGAUAUACCCGGAUCUUGUUACGAUAGCCAAGGGCUUUAACAUACCUGCGGCAAGAGUGACUAAGAGGAGCGAGCUUAGGGAUGCGAUUACGAAGAUGCUUGAGACGCCAGGGCCGUACUUGUUGGAUGUUAUUGUGCCGCACCAAGAGCACGUUUUGCCUAUGAUACCGAGCGGCGGUGCGUUCAAAGAUAUGAUCCUUGACGGAGAUGGGAGAACGGUGCACUAGCGCUGCUUUUAAGCAGGUCAUGGAUGUGUUCUUCUACAAUCUUUUAUGUUGGCUAAUAGGUUUGUUUUAUGUCUUUACUAGGAGUUUUAAUUUUAUGCUAGUUUCGUUAGCGAUGCUUUGUGUUAUUCCAAGAACCCAAUGAAGUAUCAUCUCUGCUAUGCUUUGUCAUCGUUGUGCCGCGUAUGAGGUAUUUAUAAUAUAACAGAACAAGUUUCUGUUAUCAUUUAUUUUUUUUCUUCU